AUGGAGAUUCAACACGAGAAGUUACAAGCUUAUGUUAAUUUAUUACAAAAAUCAUGUCAAUUGUCGAUAAAAUCAAGAAAUAAAACUUUCCAAAAAAUUCAAAAUGUUUAUAGAAUCGGUAACGGUUCAAAUCAUCUUAAAGUUCCAUACAAAUUCACUUAUUCAACCAAAGACAACGACAGUAACGGAGUAAACAGAUCAAGAUCACGCGGUGGUGAUCGUAUAAUGAAUCCUUUAUCAUUCGAAUGUUCACCUAGUUUCUUUUAUCAACAAGAAUCAACAGUUCACAGGUUGCUGAUGUCAAUAACAAAGCAUAAACCAACUUUAAUACAAUCAUUGAAAUUGUCAUCAACUAAAAAAUCUAUCAUAGCCACAAGCACCACAAACUCCACCAUACCUCCACCAUCACCUAGAAACUUCACGUAUUCUCCGCCCCUUCAAUCAGAAACAAACCCUUCAAGAUUAGAAGAAAAGAAAAUUUUAUUCAAAAUUCCUUCAAAAUGGGCAUGGGGUGCAAGAUAA